UAUAAGCAUUAAUUAAAAAAAAAAGGUCUUUUUACAUAUUAUUGACUAGCUUAUUAAAUAAAAAAAAUUAAAUAGUUAAUGGUUUAUAAAAGUAAAACUUGAUAAUAUGCUUUUAAUCCACUAUAGUAAAUUUUCUUUUAUUUGAUCCAUGUAUGUAUUUAACGAGAAAUAAUUUAAUUUAUAUGAUUAUAAUAUUAAAAUGGAAGGAAAGAGGUAAUCUUCAUGCAUGCAACGGUAGGAAAGGUGCCACUGUCUUCGUUGAGCCGUUGAUUGAUACCCACGAAACCGCUAAAUCUCCAAGGACUAACAAAUCCAAAAAAGUUUCAUUUAAUUUUUUUUUUUCUGGAUAAUUUAUUUUCUCUCUACAGUGAUGCAGAGCAGUAAUGGCGGUUCCAGCUGCACUAGCUAUCGUCCCUAUUGGGAUCCUCUUCUUUUUCUCGGGCCUCAUUGUCAAUCUUAUCCAGGCAGUUCUCUUCAUCAUUGUUCGGCCAGCGUCAAAGUGCAUGCAUACAAGGAUAAAUAAAAUUGCUGCAGAACUGCUAUGGCUGGAGCUCAUAUGGCUUGUUGAUUGGUGGGCUUGUCUGAAGAUUGAAGUGUAUGCAGAUGAUGAAACUUUUGAACAAAUGGGUAAAGAACAUGCACUUGUGAUUUGCAAUCACCGGAGUGACAUUGAUUGGCUCGUUGGAUGGAUCCUAGCUCAGGUGCUGGUUUUUGUGCGGCAACAAAUAGAUGAAACUUGUCGCUCCGGUUGUCUUGGUAGUACACUAGCUGUCAUGAAGAAACAAGCAAAAAUGCUUCCUAUUAUAGGUUGGUCAAUGUGGUUUUCUGAUUAUCUGUUUCUGGAAAGAAGAUGGGCAAAGGAUGAAACCACAUUGAAGUCAGGUUUUAAGCGGCUGGCAGAUUUUCCUAUUCCUUUUUGGUUGGCUCUUUUUGUGGAAGGAACUCGCUUUACAGAAGCAAAGCUUCAAGCGGCUCAAGAGUUUGCUGCUUCAAGGGGGUUGCCUGUUCCUAGAAACGUAUUGCUUCCUCGCACCAAGGGUUUUAUCUCGGCAGUGGCUCAUACUCGCUCAUUUAUUCCAGCAAUUUAUGAUUGCACAGUGGCUGUUCCCAAAAAUCAGCCUGCGCCUACAAUGCUAAGGAUAUUCAGAGGACAAUCUUCUGUGAUUGUUCUGCAAAUCAAACGACAUUCAAUGCAGGAACUUCCAGUAACUGCUGGCGGCAUUUCACAAUGGUGCAAAGAUGUAUUUGUGACCAAGGAUGCUAUGUUGGAGAAAUUUUUUACCAAGGAAACUUUCAGUGACCGAAAGCUUCAAGAUAUUGGUCGACCGAAAGAAUCUUUGUUUGUAAGACGAUGUCACUAUGCUGUAAUAUUCUCCUUAUCUAUGGGGUUGCCAGGUUAUUCCGAUGGUUGUCAUUCCUAGGCUUGUGGGAAGUCAUUUCAUGUGCAGUGAGUCUCUUGGUCCUUGUCACAAUUGUUAUGCAAUUUCUGAUUCAAUCAUCCGAGUCAGAGCGUUCUACUUCACCAUCCAAACUCUCAUUUCCUCAUCAAACGAAGGAGAGGCUUAUUCUGAAAUAAGCCCAGAAAUGUUGCCGUCCAUUCUUAGGUUGCUUGGAAAAUGCAGGGCACUUGUGUUUGCUGUCUUUGUUUGUUCCUUGGAGAUCCAUAUGAGCCUCAUUCAUUAACCUUCUGUAGUGAACUUCUGUGCAUACUGAUUCUUUUUUCUAUCAUCUGUUUUCUUGAUUCUCAUUUGAGCUGCUGUGUUGUUGGGUAUUUAUUGAAAAUUUUUCUGGUAUUUGAAAAAUCUCUGUAUUUAGUUUGUCUUGC